AUGGCAAGAGGCUUAGAGCAAAAUGUUGAAACAAUGAUUGUGGAUGCAAGAGAGAAAUCAAUAAUUGAAAUAUUUGAAGCAAUCAGAAAUUUGUUGAUGCGGCGGUUUCAGUUAAAUCGUGAGAAGGCUGAAAAAUGGAAUACAAGAAACUGUCCAAGGAUAAGAGCUAUCUUAGCUAAAAUUUCUUUAGAGGCUAUUAAACUUAUUCCUAUGAAAUCAUAUGAUAUGCACUUCCAAAUUAAGGCAACAAACAGUCAAGAGCAGCACAUAGUGGACAUUUCUACAAAUUCUUGCAGUUGUAGACAAUGGGAUUUGACAGGUAUUCCAUGCAAGCAUGCAUUAUGUGCACUUUGGUGUAAACAUGAAGACGUUGAGGCUUUUGUUAGUCACUACUACAAGACUGAAGCUUACAAGAAAUAUUAUUCAAGAUCAAUAAUGUCGAUUAAUGUGCCUGAUUUGUGGCCAGAUUGUCUGUUUCCACCUCCACUUCCUCCAGUUAAUAAUAAGAAUAAAGCUGGAAAACCGACCAAAUUGAGAAGAAGAGAACCUGACGAACCUCCAGCAAAAUGUCAUACCAAAUUGAAAGCUCCACAUAGACAAAACAAAUGCAAAAGAUGUGGCCAUUUAGGUCAUAAUCAAAGGGCUUGUACAGAUGACAGAAACACACAACAAGAGGUGAAGAAACCAAAUAGAAUUGAGAUACAGAUUGGAGGGAGCUCGAACACCUUAUCUAAUGUGAAUGUGGAUCAAUCUACCAUCAUUCAAACACCAGUGUUUGUCAAAGGUGGUAGAAAUUACAUCACAAUCUCCAGACUUCGAUCGAUAUCAAGUGAUUUAAGAAGACAAGUUCAAUCAAUGUCUCAACCAGUGUCAAAGCUUAGGUCUGGCCCAAAUAUCUCGAAGAAGAGAAUAACUUCAUCACAGUCUUCUGUCAUCAAGAAAUGA